AUGCCAGGUGAUUACGCGGCCAACGAUCUGUCUGAAGCUGCUCUUGGCUCGUCGGGCCUCCGAAUACAGGACGGACGGUUUGUGGAUUCGUUCGGUCGCACCGUCCAUCUGCACGGAGUCAACGUCGCUGGGUCUUGCAAGCUUCCGACGACGCCCAACGGUCUCUCGCAUCUGCACGAAGGGUUCUAUGAAUCACAUCGCGUCGUCUCGUUCGUCGGACGACCUUUUCCGCUUUCCGAAGCUCGGUUGCACUUUGCACGAUUGCGUACUUGGGGGUUCUCGCUCAUCCGACUAUUGGUAACAUGGGAAUCGCUUGCACACAAGGGCGCACGCUUGCAAGAUAUAGAUAUGGAAUACAUAGAAUACCUGCAAAAGCUCUUCGAGUUGAUGGCAGAAUACGGCUUGAAAUGCUUUUUAUGCGCACACCAGGAUGUAUGGUCGCGCUUCAGCGGCGGAUCAGGAGCGCCUGGGUGGACGUUUGAGCUUGCAGGAAUGGAUAUCCAUGCUUUCACCGAGACAGGCGCUGCGUACAUUCACUGUGUGGACGAAAAGCAGAAGCGAGAAGCUAAGGUACAGGCGGGGAAGAAGGACAAGGAAGCUGGUGGCGCCUUUUUGUGGCCAUCAGGCUAUCAGAAACUGGCUGCAAGUACCAUGGCUACGCUCUUUUGGGCAGGAGAUGCACUUGCUCCAAAGUUGUCGAUCAAACAUGGCGACGAGCAAGUUGGGAUCCAGACUUUCCUCCAGUCUUGUUACAUGGAAGCGUUUGGUCAGCUAGCCGAUCGACUAGCACAUAUGGAAGCAUAUCUUGGCUUUGAGCCUAUGAACGAGCCGCAUCGAGGUCUCAUCAAUCUGCACGACUUCCACGCGUUCAAUUACGACACGGAUCUUCAUAUCGGCCAUUAUCCUUCGCUGAUCCAAGCGCUGGCGCUGGGUAGCGGAUACAAGCAGCAGGUCAAGUUCUACGUCAAGUCGUGGCCUUUUCCCACGCGCGUCUCUCAUAUGGCGACGCUGGAUCCGAAGGGCAAAACGUGCUGGCUGCCUGCUUCGGGCGCGUCCGAUCAAGAGAGCUGUCCGGCGAGAGGACUAGGCAUGUGUAUAUGGCGAGCUCAUGGAGUGUGGGAGUGGGACGAAUCCAAGAACGUACCCGUAGUGCUUCAGUAUGACUACUUCGAAAAGGACCAUCGACAAGGGCGUGAGGGGGAGCGCAUCGAAUGGUAUCGGGACUGCUUCGCGCCUUUCCUCAGCCGCUUCGCUGAGCGCGUCAAUCGCAAGCGUCGUUCGGCACUGACGUUUGUCGAGCCGAUUCCGAACGAGUUUAUUCCUCCCUGGAUUCCCGCUUGCGAAAUCCAAGAUGCUGCCGUCGCUGCACAGUACAAGCAAGCAGCCUACAGUCAAACGUAUGCAGUAAAAACUCUCAUCGAUACACCCCGACCCGGUGGAGAGGCGCAGUUCGUCUACGCUCCUCACUUUUACGACCUCAACGUGCUCUUUGGCAAAGUGCACAGCUGGAUGAGCGUCAAUGUCCAGGCUCUCAGUCGAGGCGCAUUUCCACUCACGGCGCUCUACUUUGGCGUCACGGGACUGAAAAAGAAUUACCUCGCCCAAAUGCGCAAGAUCCAAGAGCUCGCAUACGCAUCGUUGGGUAAGGUACCCAUGAUCAUUGGCGAGGUAGGCCUGCCAUUCGACAUCAACCACAAACACGCUUACAGGACAGGAGACUAUUCCAAGCAGCACGAGUUGAUGGACGCGCUCAUCAAUGCCAUGGAGAAGCUCGCACUUGGAUUCACGCUGUGGAAUUACAACCCUGACAACCGCGUCGAGUACGGCGAUGGGUGGAAUUUCGAAGAUUUCAGUAUCACCAAUGGUGAUUCUCGUGCCACGGUGGGGCUGAAGCAGGACUUUAGGAAUGCAGAGCACGAAGAGGAUGAAUUGUACCAGGGCGGACGUGUGCUGGAUGUCAUCAUUCGACCGUAUGCGGUCAAGGUAGCUGGAGUGCAGGUGUAUACCGAGUUCGAUGUCGAGACGCUGUUCUUUGAGGUGCACUGGAAGAACUACGCGGACAACGGCGGUGUUCAAUCGACGACCACAGAGAUCUUCCUCCCCGCGUACCACUACAAAAACAAACGUUUCAGCAUCACCACCACUGAUGCCGAAACGACGCUCAACGCCCAACUCCAGACGCUCUUCGUUCAACAUACGGACACCCGACCAGGCGUGGUACACAAGCUCAAGAUCGAGUUGGACGAUCCAAAGGCACACAAGCGGUGGCGACUGCAGCAGAAGCGCAGGUUGAUCGAGGCAGAAGGUGCGGUGGCGAAGAUGGGAAGGAUGAUACCAGAUGGUGUGGUGCUGUGGUGGGAUGGCGUGAGUGCUGCGCAGGUGGCGAGUGUUGUGGUGAUUGCGUUGGUGGUGGUGUUGGGGUUGUGGAUGGCAGAUUCGCAUAUGAAAGAGUUCAUGACGCAACGCGAGGGUACGAUAGAGCUUUAA